AUGGCCGAAGCAAUUCCCGAUUCAGCAUUAUUAAUAGUUCUCGGUUUAUUGUUGGGAUCUGUUUUACGUUUUGCUCAAGUCGACGAAAAAUUAUUUUUUUUACCUUCAGAUACUUUUUUUCUUUAUUUAUUACCUCCAAUUAUUUUUGAAGCUGAUUCUGUUAUGUUAUUUGCUUUUUGUGGAACAAUAUGGAAUACAUUAACUAUUGGUUUAUCUCUUUUUUGGAUUUCAAAAUUUGGAAUUUUCUCUGUUGGAUUUUCUUCUUUUCAAAUUUUGCUUUUUGCUUCUUUAAUUAGUGCUGUCGAUCCAGUUGCCGUUAUUGCUGUUUUUGAACAAAUAAAUAUAAAUUCUUUUUUGUUUAUUAAUGUUUUUGGGGAAGCAUUAUUUAAUGAUGGUGUUAGUGUUGUUCUUUAUCAAAUGUUUCGUAAAUUUUUAUUAAUUGGUAUUGACAAUCUCUCAUUUUGGCAUUUUAUUGCUGGAUGUGCUUCUUUCCUUAUAAUUUCAAUUGGAGGUUUAUUUAUUGGCAUUUUAUUUGCAAUUGUGGCUUCUUUGGCAACAAAAUUCGCAACACGUAUUCGACUUUUAGCCCCAGUUUUUGUUUUUGUUGUUCCCUAUUUGGCAUAUUUAAGUGCUGAAUUGUUUGGUCUCUCAUCUAUUUUGGCAAUUGUUGCUUGUGGAAUUGGAAUGAAGCAAUACGUGAAAGAGAAUCUUUCAAUAGAUGCUUCUUCUUCUGUUAAAUAUUUUGUUAAAAUGCUUGCACAGUGUAGUGAAACGGUUAUUUUUAUGUUUCUUGGAUUAUCUACAGCUUCACAUAAUCACCAUUUCGAUUGGGCAUUUAUUGGAAUUACAAUUGGGUUUUGUUUACUUUUUAGAAUUUUUGGGGUUGUUGUUCAAUGUUUAUUUUUAAAUAAAUGUCGGACUAGAAAAUUUUCUUUUUCUGACCAAUUUGUUCUUUCAUAUGGAGGUCUUCGAGGGGCAAUAGCUUUUGGACUUGUUGUCUCUUUGGAUGAUAAAAUCCCCGCAAAACAAAUGUUUGUAACUACGUGUAUUGCUGUUAUUUUCUUUACUGUUUUUGUACAGUAUUGUGAUUAUAUGAUGUCUGGUUUAGAAGAUAUUAUUGGAUUUAAAGGAAAAAAUUCUGUUAGAGAUAAAUUUGAACGGUUUAAUGCAAAAACAUUAAAACCAAUUUUGACAAGCGGCAAAAAACAUCCAGUGAAUUUUGAUACUUCUUAUGUUGUUAGGGCUUAUAGAAAAAUAACAUUAAAUGAGGCCAAUCGCCUCGUCCGUGCAAGUAGCAACAAUUAUAAAAAUAAUAAAAAUUUGAGGAGAAUAGUCCCAGCCCCGAGUCCCUCAUCAGAAUGUUCAACAAUAAGUUAUGGAAAUUGUUGGACAGUUAAUAGCAAUAAUGUAAAAGAGGAAGAAGAAGAUAAAAAUAACAAAAAUAAUUUAAUAUUAGAAGAAAAUAUAGAAUUAUUAUAUUCAAUGUUUUCACGUUUAUUGGACAGAAAAAUUGAAGAAAUUGAAAAAAUAAAAGAAGAAAAAGAGGAAGAAGAGGAUAAUUAUUUUAAUUUAUUUAUUAAAGAAAAAAAUAAAAAAGAAAAUAAAAACCAACAAAGGAGGAAAGAGAAAGGAAGAGAGAGAAGAUAUUCUUUAAGUCCUUCCUUUGAGCGCAAUUUAUGUCUCAAAGGAACUAAUGAAAAUAAUAAAAACAACAAAGACUCCCCCAAAGAAUUAUCAAAAACAACAAAUUUAAUGUCAAAAAUACCUUAA